ACCAAAACCUGCAAAUUCACUAAAAUGAUGUUUCCCCUUCGUUUUCUGUUUCCGGUUGUCGCGAUGGCAGUUCUAACAGCUUUUGAAGGUGCUGAGAUUCCAAGAGUGGCUAAAGACACUGGGACAUUCACCACUCCAUCUCCAGUUUAUCCCACCAUCAAGUUUCAGGUCCUCAAUGUGGACCACGUGUUUGUGAGACAGGACAGUCCACAGCCAUCUGGGAACUCUAGCCUGAAAGCUCAGACUCAGACUUUUCUCAUCACUGGACCUGGUGCUGGGCUUCUCCAGCCAUCUGUCAAUGCUUCAUUUGGCCCCCUGACUCUAGAUGCCUCUAUUCCUUUAGAUUUGCUCCUCAGUGGGCGCAAGAUACUGCCAGUCAUUUUGAGCCGCCAGGUUCGUUCCUCAUCCCCAGUUGUUAAGAUUCUUUUCCACAUGCCCACAGAAAGCAAUAUCACUGCUUGGCAAGAAACAAUGGGCUCUCUAGAAGAUAAUGGGAGGAAAAAUGAUGGAGCUAAGGCUAAGGAUGGAGCUCACUGUGUCACGGCUUAUGCCUUCUGGGAGACGAAAGAGGUUCGUGGGGCUUGUCUGGUGUCUCCUGGCGGCUUUUGUGUGGCACAGCUUAAGCCAGAACCCUCCUGGUUCAGCUCAGCCAGUAGAUCAGGAAGCUCUAGCAGGGAAGCAGAAAGCACUGACGGGAUUAAGGGACUUCAGGGGAACCUUGUGGAAGUCUACUUCCAGAGUCGGCGGGACCAGACUGGCCAGUGCACCCCACAGGAUAGCCUGCAACGAAUAGGAGUGGGACGAGGCAGAGACACUGGUGGAUCAGGGACACCAAUGAGGAGGGUAGGAAGUGUCAGCCUGCUCAAAAGUCCACCAGGGAAUCCCACCUUUCUUCGGCUGAGACUGGGAGGCGCUGUGGUGAUCCAGACUUCUUCAAAGCCCCUCAAGUCUGGUGAUGUCGCAACGUUCUAUGUCUUUCUUGCUAGUACGUCCACCUUGGAAAGUUUCACACUGAGGGCUGCAGUAAAGAUGGGCCUGUCAUUCAGUGCAGCUCGGCCCAGUGACUCAGCACUGUGGGACAUGGUGGUAGAGCCUGGCAGAGGAGCAGCUCCAAACACGGUGUCUGUUGUUUGCCGCAGGAAGGUUGCUGUCACUGCAAAGAGGGGCCUUCUGGAGGUUUUACAACUGGACUUUGUACCAAAAGCUGUUUCACAGCAGGUUGAAAGUCAGACCAUCUCCUGGCGUCUGGAGUUGCCAGGGAAUGUGAAGGAUGUGGGCGUAACGCGGAUCUACACCACCCAGAGAGAUUACGUGGGGCUGGCACCGCUGGUGAUGAACGCAGAUAUAUUGAAUACUGCAGUACUGACAGGAAAAAGAGUUUCAGUCCCAGUGAAAACUCUCGCUGUUGAGGCCAGUGGUUCAGUCACUGACGUGACCAACUACACCAACUGUAGAUCUACAGAUGAGGAUGUGCUCAAGGUGUCAGAGCGCUGCAGCUAUGUAUAUCUAAAUGGGAAGGAAACCAGAGGGAAAAGUAGGAUAAUGCUCAACUUUACAUAUGGUUUUCUGAGUGCCCAGCUGGAGAUGAGUGUAUGGAUGCCCCGUCUUCCCUUGCGUAUUGAUGUGGCUGACCCUGAGCUUAGCCAGAUCAAAGGCUGGAGGGUUCCCGUUACUACUGGAAACAGGAGGUCUACAUGGGACAGUGAAGAAGAGGAGGAGAUGAGGAAAGGCAGGGGUUGCAUGCUACAGUAUCAGCACUCUACAGUAAGGGUGCUCACACCCUUUGUAGCCCAGCCUGACACUGAGGCACUGCCAGACCCGCUAACUGGGGAAAAAACAGUUGAAUACUUUCUGGGUUCUGAUUGGCAGAUAGAUGUGACCAACCUUGUACGCUAUUCUCUAAACAUAGCAGAUCCGGAUAUAGCUAGGGUGCAGGAUGGGGUGGUGCUGCAAGGAAGGGCUGUGGGCACUACCACUGUACAGGUGCUGUCCCCCCUGACGUCAGCGGUCCUGGCUGAGACGAGCAUCAGGGUGGUGGAUGAUAAAGUGAGUGUGACACAGCUCGGAGUGCAGUUGGUGUCUGGGCUCUCUCUGUCCCUGCAGCUCAGUCCAGGGAGCAACAGGGCUAUUGUUGCCACGGCAACCACUAAGGAGACGAUCGUGCAGCGCAAACAGGAAGCAUUGGUCAGCUGCUGGGUUUCUUUCAGCGAUGGGGCAGUUGCUCCACUGGACCUGUUUGACCGCAGUAUCUACUCUCUGACUGUUUCUACCCCAGAUGAGCGGGUGGCCACAAUACGCCGCACUCCACAGUCAGCAUUUGUAGUAGCAGAGGGUGAAGGUGAAGGCCAGGGGGCGCCAGUGAGAGUGGAGCUGAGGAUCUGUGAGGAAUGCCAAAAAUCUAAAAGGAAAAGCAAGCUGGCAGUGGGCUCGGGGCUUCUCAAGAUCAACUUACAGAGUAGUAGCAGAAGUGUAGCAAGAGAAGGGAAAGGAAGCACUGACAGAAGUAAGGAUUUAAAUGGCAGUGCAUCAAAAGUGAUGGGCAAAACAAGUACUGCUGCCACAGAGAUGGAUAAACAGCUCAACAGGGCCAACACAUCUGAUCAGCAAGAGUCUAUUCUGGUAAAAACUACCACUCCAACGACAUUUUCAACUAGAAAUCCACAGGCCCAUGUUGUCUGGAUCGGAAAGACAACCAAAGCACCAAAAGGUUCCACCUAUACUGUUUCUACUGCAGAUUCUCCUACAAGAAUAAAGGAAUUAAACUUAAAUACACAACUUAGCACUGCCAAACCCACAGCAACAGUGGGUGUUGUCCGUAAAGAGGAAGGUCCUGGGGUAAGCUAUGGAAACAUGCUUGACAACCCCGAUGCCUCUCCUGACAAUGAUACUCCUAAAGUAGAAGUUAGACCCAAAAAGGAGCCUCCUAACUCUAAAACUCCCAAAGUAAUUGAGAGUGACCUCAUUAGGACAUUCAAAGCUAUGACUGACAUGGAAAUUGGCAUGUAUGCCUUGGUGGGGGUCUCCUGUGUUGCCAUCUUGGCUUUUCUGCUCAAUUGUGCUUCUUAUAGUCUCUGUUUCAGGAAACAAAAGACCCCCAUACAGGCAGGCACAGCCCCCAGUGGAGACACAAAAGAUCACAAACAUGACUGGGUUUGGCUUGGGAACAGCAAUCACAGUGCUCCUGCCUCAGGUGCCCCGGCUCAAGUGUCCACAGUAAAACGUGAGCCUCAUUGCCCUCUGCAGUCCCGCCACUCGAUAGAUUCCAUGGGUCAUCGCGGCCUGGAAGGCACUCUGCCUACAGUGAGCACCACGGCUGUCCCAGAAAGAACUGCAACCCUAGGACGAAGCAGGAACAGCUCUCAGCACCAGCAGUUUCAAGGAAAGGCAAUCGACCCCAUGGCAAAUCGUUCAGCUACCCUACUGGCGAGGCCACACCGCAGUGAGCCUCUUCAUUCCCCCACCAGUAAGAGAAACCAGGUCCAGUUCACCACCUUCACCACGCUGGACAUCAAGCACUUGGCUGCGCUAAAGAAGAACGGUAUUGAGUUAGACUGGGCCAACCGGCAGAAGCAAAAGCAACAGCAGGCCUCCGCUGAACCUCAAACACCUUUACCUGACAUGCCAUGGCCUGUAGUCAAACCUCUAGGAGAACCCCAGUGAGUUUGUUUAGGUGUGUGUAUGUGUAAAGGAUGUAUAAAAGGAAAACAAAGUCUUUAAUUUUUCUUUAUAAAA